AUGCGGCUGCUGCCAUGGUUUCUGAACCCCUGGCACGUCCGCGGCGACGUUUCCGGGUUCGCUCUACCUCGGCAGCGGGGCGCUUUGCUUGAGAAGCUCAGCAUCGCGCUAUGUCGCAAGAUUCCUGGCCUUGCGGGCCUGCUGGGCGUCCGAUUAGGCUCCUGGCCGAACGAGGUCCCCGGCGCCCCAAUUGAAAUAACCAGAGUGGAUGAGGACCGCUCGAGUUUGACCUUCCUGGGACACCGAACGGUGUACAUCCAGACCGGCGGCGCCGCGUUUCUGACCGACCCCUUGUUUUCCCGCCGACUCUACUUUCCUCUUUUCGGCUUGCGGCGCGUGACGAAUCGGGUGAUCAAGUUCUGGAAGUGCCCUAUGCCGGACUUCGUGCUGCUGUCGAACAAUGCGUACGGCUGCGUCGACUCGUUCAGCAUGCGGCGGCUGGGCGACGCCGGCGCCGCCCUGGUGUUGGGUGGCAUGAACGUUUCACGCUACGUCAUGUUCUUCUUUCGCGGUUACACGUACCCGUUGCGCUGGUACGAGACUGUGAAUUUCGGCAGCGUCGAAGUCACGUUCCUUCCCUCGUGUUCCAACAGCGGCCGGCGGUGGUACAACCGGGACCUUCUGCUCUGGGGCUCAUUCUUCAUCCGUUCCGCCACUAAAUCGGUCUAUUACGCAGGGCGAACCGCCUACGGGAGCCACUUUCGGGAGAUUCGCGAGUUCCUAUGUCGCCAGGGCCACUCCAUCGACGUGGCUAUUUUGCCGUUGGGCCCCGUCUUCCGCCGGAGCCCGGAGCUGACACCUGAGCAGGCUGUCACCGCCCACAUGGAGCUUGGUGCGCGUAAAACGCUGGUGGUGGCGCAUGACACCUUUCCACUCGGGGUUGAAGGUUACGGCGAGCUUGUGGAACGUCUCUACCGCCGCAUCAGUGAGGUGGACCCGUCUCUGCGGGAAAAGUUUAUCGUUCUACGGGAGGGCGAGGCUGCGGACAUCACCGACCUCGAAGGCACAUGUACAGACGAUCGCAAUGGAGCGGCCAACGCGCCAGGGGAGGUCGGGUCGCAACAGGAGACCUGA